AGUAUUUCUCAAACUCUGAGGCCUGAAGAAUUCACACAUUUAGAUAUGGCGUCAUUUUCAGAAAGAGACUUUUGGUAAUGUGGCCCUGAUCAUGGUGGUUAUUGGUUACUAGACUCAAAUCAUCUAGUUUGUCCAUGUCAACAACUACAGUAUUUAAGAUGUAACCUUCUGUAAUGGAAGAUGAUUGAAGAUAAGGGACCUCGUGUUGCUGACUACUUUGUUGUAGCAGGCUUAACUGAUGUUUCAAAGCCUCUUGAAGAAGAAAUUCACUUCAAUGAUGCCUGUCAUAAAGUAGCUAAACCAAAAGAACCUAUCACAGAUGUUUCAGUUAUUAUUAAAUCUCUUGGGGAGGAAGUGCCACAGGAUUAUAUGUGUAUUGAUGUUACUCCAAAUGGAUUGUCAGCUGAUCUCAAUAAUGGAAGUCUUGUUGGGCCACAGAUUUACCUUUGCUAUAGAAGAGGAAGAGAUAAGCCUCCGCUUACAGAUCUGGGGGUUUUAUAUGACUGGAAAGAAAGAUUGAAACAGGGUUGUGAAAUUAUUCAGAGCACUCCAUAUGGGCGCCCUGCAAAUAUUAGCGGCAGUACCUCAUCACAACGAAUUUAUAUCACUUACCGAAGAGCCUCUGAAAACAUGACUCAGAAUACGUUGGCUGUCACAGACAUAUGUAUUAUUAUACCCAGUAAAGGAGAAAAUCCACCACACACGUUCUGCAAAGUCGACAAGAAUCUCAAUAACAGUAUGAUGUAA